GUGUGUGUGUGUGUGUGGGGGGGUGCGUCCCCCUCCGGCCGCCCCACAGCCCGGGGCUCGGUGCCCCACGCGGGGCUCCCCACGGGCGGGCGGCGGGGCCGUUCCCGGCGUUAGGACCCGGCCCGCGCGGUGCCAGCGCGGAUUCCAGGCUGGCUCCCGGGCGUGACGUCAGGCGCGGGCCCGCCUGGCUCGCGGCCCGCCCCGGCCCCUCGCGCUCGGGAAAAUGCUGCUCUCGGUGCAGCCGCGCUCCGGCCUGCCCGCCUUCGCCUACAACAAGAGCAGCAAGAAGCAGCCCUAUGUGCCGCCGGCGCAGCCGCUGGGCCCCCCCAGCCCCAGCCCCGCCGGGGGGGCCACGGACCAGCUCAGCAAGACCAACCUCUACAUCCGGGGGCUGCACCCCGGCACCACGGACCAGGACCUCGUCAAGCUCUGCCAGCCCUACGGGAAGAUCGUCUCCACCAAAGCCAUCCUGGAUAAGACGACCAACAAGUGCAAAGGCUAUGGCUUCGUCGACUUCGACAGCCCCACGGCGGCCCAGAAGGCCGUGACGGCGCUCAAGGCCAGCGGGGUGCAGGCGCAGAUGGCCAAGCAACAGGAGCAGGACCCCACCAACCUCUACAUCUCGAACCUGCCGCUGGGGGUGGACGAGCAGGAGCUGGAGGCGCUGCUGAAGCCCUUCGGGCAGGUGGUCUCAACCCGCAUCCUGCGGGACCCCCACGGGGCCAGCCGCGGCGUGGGCUUCGCACGGAUGGAGUCCACGGAGAAGUGCGAGGCCGUCAUCACCCACUUCAACGGGAAGUACAUCAAGAUGCCCCCGGGGGUGCCAGCCCCCCCGGACCCGCUGCUCUGCAAGUUCGCAGACGGGGGGCAGAAGAAGCGGCAGAGCCAGGGCAAGUUCGUGCCCAACGGGAGAGCCUGGGCCCGGGACGGCGACGCGGUUCUACCCGGCGCCCUACGGCCUGGCCCCCAGCCGGAUGAUCGCCCCCACGGCCCUGGCCCCCUACCUGCCCUCCCCCGUCUCCUCCUACCAGGUCCACGGCCCGGCCUGGAUGCACCAGUCCUACCUCGUGCAGCCCACGGGUGCGGUGCUGGCUCCCGCUGUGGACCACGCCGUCCCCCUCCAGCCCUCCGUGGUGGCCCCCCUGGCCCAGCAGCUCGGCCACCUCUCGCUGGGCAGCGCCGGCACGUACGUGCCUGCUGCCGCCGCCGUCCCCGGAGCCUUCAUCCCGCCGUACCCGCCGAUGCCGCCCACCCUCCCGCUGGAAGACGGCAGCGCUGCCCCGAGCCACGGCCCCAUCGAGUCACCGUCCGAGCCCGGCGCCUUCCCCUACCCCUACCCCAAGUAGCGGCGGGGGGGGCCGGCCCGAGGGACCCCGUACCUGCCGGCUGCCGGGAGGGGCUGUGCCGGGACCCCCGCCUGGCGCUGCCCCCCCACCCCACAACCGCCGCCACCUCGGGAAGGACCCGUGCCCCAGCCGGGGGUCCCUGAGCCCAGGGCGCGGGGGGGGGGGGGGCCCUGUGCAGGGGGUCCCGCUGCUCCCACGGCAUCUCGCUGCCCCCUCCCCGGCCGGGCAGCCCCCACACCCCGCCCCGGCGGGCUUUUUUUUUUCCUCCCGCAUUUUCUAAAAAACUAAAAAAGAAAAAAAAAAAAAGGGGGGGGGGGAGGGAGGAAAAGACGACAAACGCCGCCCCGGGGGGGGCCGGGGGUCCCCGGCUGCCCCCCUCGUGCUUCCAGGGCCCGCGGCCCCGCCAGCCCCCCCCCCCCCAGCCGCGGUGCCCCCCGUGCCUUCUGCUGCCCGGUCCAGCCGGUGCCCCCGGCUCGGGGACUGGACCCCCCCUUCCCCCCCCCCCCGGGGUCCAGUCUCUGGGCACCAGCUUCCCCGCAGGGCCGGGGGUGCUGCC